AUGACUGGAUAUGACUCUGACGCACAAAGUGACUGGUCAACUCUGACAAAACCAGUUCUCAAAGGUGAAAAAAAAGUUGACAUUCUCAUGACUCAUCAACCACCUUAUUUCAAGGAAAUUUCAAAUAGAUUUUUCAGACGUGGAAGUAAAUCUCUUAGAGAGGCCAUAGAAACUGUCAAGCCAACCAUAAACUUGUUCGGCCACAAUCACGAUAUUUAUGGAGUAAAGUAUUCGUCAGAUUAUGAUUUGAAAAAUCAAAUUGACACAACCUUUAUAAGUGCUUGCUCUUUGGAUUCCCAUGAAAACGCAAGAAAAGUAAUAGUAUUCGAUUAUCCAAUAAAUAAAUAA